AUGACCGAGGAACAAGAUCUAAACUUGACGUUUUCUGGCUGCGGGUUUCUGGGGAUCUAUCAUCUCGGAGUAGUUUCAUGUUUGAAAGAAAACGCUCCCGCGCUUUUGAAGAGAGUGAAAUGUUAUGGAGGGGCAAGUGCCGGUUCGUUCGCUGCGAUCGCUUUGCUCCUAGACUUAAACGUUAGUGACAGUGCUGAGUUUGUUAUAAGGCUCGCCAAAAGAGCGCAUUCUUUAACACUGGGACCGCUUCACCCAAGUUUUAAUGUCGUCCGGACGCUCCGAAGAUCCUUCGAAAGAAUUCUGCCCGAAAAUGCUCAUGAACUGGCUAGCGGAAGGCUUCACAUUUCGCUAACGCGAGUAUCAGACCUGAAAAACGUUAUUGUGUCAGAAUUCUUCUCUAAAGAAGACUUAGUCGAGGUAAGUUUUAAGUUUAAUUUCAAACGAUGACGAUAUAACAUAUUACGCAAAAAUAUAACUUAUGCUAAUGAACAGAUAACGUGUUCGAGACCACAAUUUCUUAGAUUGUGCUUGUAGGCAAUGUUUUUUUAUAAUUUACUCAUAAAUAGAAAGGUUUUUGCUUAGGUUUAAUAUGUUAGAACCGAGAUACAAGUGUAUACAGCUACACAAGCUCAAACAUUACAUAAUAGGAAAGUUUGAAGAAGGAUAUAGGAUGUGGUCGCGUGGUCAUUUGGUAUGCAGGCAGUUGUUAUCAGCGAUGCAUUGCAAAACUUGCGCGUUGGCAUUCAAAACGAAGCGUUGACCACUAUUUAUCGUAUUACAGUUUUUAGUAUCUUCCUUCUCCUUCUGAGAAAUAUUUAUUUGGAAUGUUGUUAGCUGAGACGGAGCGGACAUGUGUUAUUUGUACGAAAAAAUUAUAUAGCGUGCAUAUCAUUUACAGUCAAUGUUCAUUGUUGCCUUAAGGCCAUACGCAAUUCACUUUGCGGGGUGUCUACUUAAGUUUCGUUUGCCUAAGUUGCAGUGUUUUUGUUGAUGUUCAUUCCGUUUUCCCGAUGGCCAGAUUAUGAUUUUUGAAAAGAAGCAUAAGGAUUUUUGUAAAUUUAAAAUAUGUUUGCCAUUUGAUUUUUUUUCUGCAGCCAGUUCUGUGUUGUUGCCUCGUCAUGAUUUCUAAUAUUUCCGCAAAAUUAAACCAUGCAGAUUCUCAUCUUGUUAUCACUGUGAUAUAAGAUACAUCUAGACGUAUCAUAUUCAAGAAUGUCUGCAUCUCCCAUAGAAUACCAUUUUUUGUAUUUGCAUAAGACUUUGUUUAGGCAUCUGAAACUUCAUAAUAAAAUCACUAUUUUUACAUGUGGCCAUAUUCAGAAUGCACUAAGUUCCUUAAACAGCUGGUGGCUUCUAUCAAUUCUCACCUCUACAUUUAGCUUGAUGACCUGGGUAUACUUUGAAGAUGCCGUAAGCUCAGCAGAGCAGUUACUUCCUCCGACCUUUCCCAACACAGAGAGGAAUAUAUGCAUGCAAGCUAUAAAGGCAGGAAAAAAAUGUGUUAAAAAAAGCUUAUUCCAUCUUAGAGCUGGUUUAGUACAGUGGAGGUACUGUCAGCCUGAAUACACCCCCCCCCACCUAACCCCAUCCCCCACCCCACCAAUUUUCAGAAUACUUCCCCCCCUUACACCAUGCUAGUUACAAGCUGACCUUCUGAAAGAGCAGGUUCUUCAUAAAUGUUUUUUUUUCUUUAUUAUUACUUUUUUUCAGGCAUUACUUGCAAGUUCCUAUGUGCCAUUCUAUUCUGGUAUUCUUCCUGCAAGAUUCAGGGGAAGGGUAUGUCUUUUUCAUUGUUUGAAUCUGGAAAUUUAUCUACUUAAAUAUGUAACAUUAAUAAAAAUGUAUGUUCAAGAUUAAAGGUUAUUAGUGGCAGGGUGUAGAUUAAAUUGGGUUAAAAGGUGGAGUCUUAUUAACAAGCCUCUUAUGUAUUAUGUCAAGUUGUAAGGCUGCAGUACUCAAACUUAUUAUUGCAAUAAUCACUCAUAGUUUUAUUGUAUUGUUUUUUUAGUAUUACGUGGAUGGUGGGAUUUCUGACAACCUUCCACAGCAUUUCAAGGAAGGAGAAACCAUCACAGUGUCACCAUUUAGUGGUGAAAGUGACAUUUGUCCAAAAGACGGUUCAUCAAAUGAUGCUCAUAUUGAUUUUCAUAACACAAGCAUGCAGUUUACCCUUCAGAAUCUCUACCGGUGUUCUCGUGCAUUCUUUCCUCCUAAGCAAGAAGCGCUGUUUGAUAUGUGCAAGCAUGGAUACCGAGACACAUUGAGGUUUUUGAAGGAGCAUUGUAAGUGCUGUUUUAAUAUUUAUGAUAGUAUUUAUUUACAUAUAGUGACCAUCAAUAAUCUUUUUUUAACAGGCAUGGUUAAAAUAAAAACAUUACAAUAAUGUAGGCAUAGAAUGGAAAAUAUAUUUUACUAUUAUAACAUUAAAACUUAAACUCAUUUUUAUUUGAUAAAGUCCUUUUUUGUUUGUCUGAUUAUAAAUUUAUCAUCAGACAAGCAAAAAAGAAUUAUAUCACAUACAAGUGACUUACUUCCCGAUUAUUUACCUUAAAAUUACAGGAUGAAGAAAGUGUAAGGGACAAAAGCAAAAUUAAAGAAAACCAAAUCAACAGAAAAUUUCCCUCUGCCCCCCCCCCCCCCCCAUAUUUACAUAACAAAAGGAAAUUCAUGCAUGAUGUAUUUUACACCAGCAUAGAAUGUUAUUAAUACCAGUACAUGUAAAAUGUGAAAAAAGGAAUAGUUCAGCCUGAAAACUUUACUAGGUAUUUUAAAUUUGUUAAUAAUUAAGAAAAAUAUUAAUUAAUUUAAUAAUUGCAGUGCAAUAAAGUUUUGUAAUUAAUAAAUUAUUUGUUGAAGAAAUGCAUUCUACAAUAGUUUUAUCACUGUUUUUUAAUUACAUGGAGCCUCAUGCUAUGUCAAAUUCUUGUAGGGUAUAGUCAGUAAGGUUUUCUAUAAAUUGUUUCUCAGAUCCUGAUAUGUUGAAGGAUGGUAUUGUCCGCAAGCCAUCCAUGUCACAGUACCUUCCUACAUCGUGGUCAAAGUCAGGAAGAUGCCAUAACUACAGCAGCAGCUCCAUGUCGGCAUACAGCACAUGCAGUAGUGGUGAAGGAGAAGUCUUUAGUAGCAGCAGUUCAGAGAGUGAGGAAAAUGAAACAGAAAUUAUUGAAGAGGAGGGAGAAUCCAAGCUUACUCUUAGUAAGUGUGUCUGUAGGGGCUUAGGUUUAUGAGGUUCUUGAGUUAAUCGUAAAGCCAAAACCAAUAAUUGCUCUUGUCAAUCAAAGAAAAUUGAAGACCACUGAUUUGUUUUAUACAACCUUGCUUUCUGCUACUAAAACUUGGUUUACCUGUGGCCUCAUGUGGGUGAUCUUUGGUGUACAGUGUAAUAAUUGCAAGUUUCUCUUUUCACCUAAACCUUAAAAGCUAUGAUGCAUUGAAUGUUUUUUUUUUUUAAUUAUUGUCAUUACGUUUCCUUCAUAUAUUAUGUACAACUAUCACAAUUUUCUUUUCUUAAUAUUGAGUCAGAGUUUCAAUUAUAACUGAUUACAAUGUGGCCAUGGCUCCUCAGCCAGUUAUUCAAUAGGUGGAUAAUGCUAUCCACUGGAUAGCGUAAUUAGUUUUCUGACAUAAUACGUACCUGCCAGAUUGUUUCUUUAUCUGGGGAAAGUGCUAUCCAAUUUUGAACAACCUGCAGGCCCCAUUGUUCAGAAAGUUGAUAUGCUGCAUAUUAGUGAUCACCAUAAAACUUAUAAUUUAUAACAAUUUUGAGAAACAUAAACACGUAACAUGCGACAUCAUGCCGCCAUUAUCAAGGAAUAAAAAAAAUGAAAACGCGAGUUCAAAAGGAGUUGGCCACAAAAGUAAAUCAUCUUCCAUGCGCAAAUACUAUGAUGAAACCAUGCAGGUGCUGUCCCUGAGGACCUUUUCAGCUGCUUUGGAGUGCUGAAAAAAAUGCAAGAACAAAUUUGACUGCCUUGUUAAUGAGAUACUUUACAUCAAACAAUUAAGACUGCCUUUGAACGUGCAAACGGAUUCAAUCCAUGCUAAGGUCUUAGUUCAGCUGUUUUCAUUCAUGCAAAUUUAGAGUACAUGUACCUCAGCUCCUUUUGAACUCACAUGUUUAUUUUUUUCUAUUCCUUGAUAAUGGCGUCAUGAAACAUCGUAACAUUUACAUGACCAUAAAAAUGGGUCAAUUUAUGCCACUGUUUACACACACACAGAUCGUAUUAUAGAUAUCAACAAUCCCUGAUUUUCAGAACAUUAACAGUUAAGUACUAUACUACGGGAUCAAAUCAUGAGCAGUAAAUGAAAAUUGAAAAAAUAUUAAUGUUGACUCCUGUUUUAUAUAACUUGUUGCAGUACUCCAUCAUACCAGUGAAGCAAUAAAUGAAGCAGAACUUUGGUCCUGUUACUUCAUCCGCAGAGUUUUCUGGGUGUUUAAGUUGGCUGCGAAACCAUGUGUUAUUUCUCUGAAGCAGAUAUCUCAUCUCGCUCACAUGUAAGGCUUCAUUCUUGAUGUUUGAAAACAGUGAAUUAAUUUCCAGGAAAGGUGAUUGAAACAAAAACCAAUAAAAAUUGUCUUUUUAUAAUUAUUAGUAUUGUAGAAUCACUCCCUAAAGUGGAGAAGACAGGAAACCAAUUUCUUGAUGAUUUGUUGGCUAUGAUUUACAUGGUGAUACACACUUAUCAAGACAAACAUCAAGUACAUGUACAUUGCUGGUAUGUAGUCUAUAAAUGUGAUGUUCUAACAGUUGUUUACUUUAAAUACAGUGUAGUAUUAGAAUUUUAAGGGACCAUGCGAGUAAGCAAUUAUUGAUUGAGCAGAUAAAAAAAUUAUACAUAGUACAUAAUUAUACAAUAUUUUUUUUCCUUUAAGAGAGCAAUAUUAAGGCAUUUAUUAUUAUUAGUAUACCAUAACAAAAAUUUUGGGAAAAAGCUGUUUAAUUUUCAACAGUUGUAAACUUCCUUGACUGAUUGAUUGUUAUUAUAAUUUUCCAUCUAAUAAUAUUUUGUAUCCGUCGCCGUAAUUUUUAUGUUGUCUUUGAAAAAUAAUAUUGUAAUUGAGGAGGCCUAAUAAUAUUAUGAACAUAAGCUUUAUAGUUUUCUUUAGACCUCCUUGCCAUUUCCUCCUUCCUUUUUUGGUAUCUUUUUGUAAUUGUAAUUGUCCUAUGUGUGGCAAAUAAAAUACAAAUACAAAAAAAUAAUAGAAAGACAAAUUUUCUGUUGAAUUUAUGGGAUCAAGCUACCCUGGGCUAGUUAGCUAACAGAUCUUUGAAAAACAAUCAGUAUAUAUAUCUUGUUGAAACAUAAGUGAUUGAACUGGCAUUGAAACAAAAAACAUCAUACUGCUUUUGAAGUUGGCAACCAUUUUAUUAUCAGUGGGCUUGACUGUCAACUUCUUUUUCUUCAAUUUCUUAUGUUAAAAAACUGCUUGCAUGACUCCCUGACUUUUAGAUUGUCUAGCUCAACAUAUGAGUACUACUUUUUUGCAUACUGUAUGCAUUCUGACAGGGCUGAUCACUAAAUUUUAUUAUUAUUAUUAUUGUUUUCACAGGAAACCAUCUGGAGCAGCCAUGUUACCUGGACCACAACAUGAAGGUGUGAUGUUUAACAGUUCAAUCUUGCAAAUAAAUAUAGAUAAACUUAAUUUAAUAGAAACACAGAUCUCAAUUUGGUUAUUUGUAAGGAUUUUGCAUUGGUCGUUUUAUUAUUUCGCCUAAAUUAUUCCAGGCAUCUUAUGUGCUAAUAGAUGCUGGUAAAAUGCUCACUUUCUAACUCCAGCUUAUUUGUUUCUUUCAUAGAUGGGUCAGGUGUUAGCACUGCAGAGGAAUCCACACCUUCUAGUGGUUAUGCUGGAUGCCCUGCAGGCUACCCUCAGGCGUUACAGGCAUUUAAUGAAAGAUCCACCCAUGCUAUUGCAACCUUGACCUCGGAUGAGGAUAGCGAUAUUGAAGUGCUUGUGGGCAGCUUCAGUAUGUCGUUUGAUGAUGCCACUCAGAUCUUAUUGGAACGUGCCAUGAAACUGCAGGGUGACAUCAUUGCCGAAGGAGAAUCUGAUGAUGGAUUUAUUAGCCUUGUCAGUGAGUCUUUAGGGAGAUGGGAAGAUGAAGGUGGUGCAUGCAGCAAGGUCCUUUCACCUGUCGAUGAUUAUGUUGUUUUGGAUGGGUAUGAGACUGAUGUGGACUCUGAAUUAAGUAAUUACGAGGAACUGCAGCAAAGCCUCUAAUGAAUGAGUCUAUGGUAGCUAUGCUGCUUGUUUAUGACUGUUCCAAAUUUCUCGAGAUCUCAGUCAUGACUCAAAAACGUGCACAGACAAACUGCGGAAGAUGAGGUUGGGACCAUGACGAUUUUCACUGAUCUACUGGGAUGGCUUCAUGCUUGAAUAGAAGAACAAACAAUCAACAACAUCUGGAAAGUAAUUUAUUGUACUACAUGGGUACUGUUAGAUGUUCCAGGUACUUGUGGUGUGCAAGCUCACCGAAACUAUUGUAAAUAGGAGAGUGAAAAGUCAAGACACACUACAUCCUUCAGACCCAACAUUGGUCAAGAGAAUGGCUGAAACGAGAAGGAAGUUGACUUUGUUAAUACAAUGAAUUUAUAAUUUAUUUAUGAUAUAAUUUUAUGUUUUGUUUGUUCGGUUGUUUUCGAUGAAUUAUAUCAAAUAGGUCUUUUCUGAGUUUCAGAACCCCUCACUUUCAAAAUGAGGCUUAAGUGCAAAACAGUUUGUGCUAUUUUUUUAUUUUUUUGGUACAAGACUUUGCUCUUAACCCCAUGAUUUGAGAGAGAGGCUUGGGGCAAGGUGGAAAUUGCUCAUUUCGAGAAAAUUAGCAGAUUGAAUUUCAAAGUGAAAUCCAUGCAGGCAUGAAUUUAAUCAAGUUCAUUGUAUGUAAAAAUCCAACUUAAAUUCAUAAGGGUAGGUGACACCUUGAACUCCCCUGUAGAAGAAAACAGCUGUUUAAGUUGUAUGGGCUGCACGUAAUUAGGAGUAAUUUGAUCUACCUAAUACAAGAUACUUACAACUUCAUUAAAAUUAUAAUAUGAUGAUAUUUCACCAGUUCUGCAUUUGGUCAAGGUAGAACUAGAUGGAACUGUUAGUCUGUGUUAAUUUUACCAGUUUGACUCCUACAUGGUCUAUAAAAGUUACAAGUUGUAGAGCCAUUUAUGAAUGUAUGCUAGUCUUAUUGAAGGGGCUAGUUUUUAGCUUUGAAAAGCAGUGGUUGAAAGUAAAUUUUGGUGUGUGUUUGUAAAAAUUGUUAUCACACAGAAACAAAUCAGGUGUAACACUUGUGUAUAUAAAGAUUAAUGUACAUAAUCUCAGGUACCUUUAAGAGUGGUACAAAUAAUACUGGUAAAAACAGUAUUUACAUUGUAUUUUUUGAAAACAUACAAAGAAAUUUUUUUACAAAAUGGACAAUGAAGUAGAUUUAAUGUAUAGUGUAAAGAUAGCACUGAACUGUCAGUGAUAUGAGGUUUUUAAAGUAAUUUUAAUUAAAUUAUUGUCAUUAAUUUGAGUCAGAAGAAUAAAAGUUGAAUUUUACUGCAACACUUUCACUUUGCCCUUGCAUGCUUCUUUCAUAUUACUUUAGGUUGUGACUGUUUACAUUGAGCUCGGCCAGCCAGGAAAGUACUCCUAGAAGAGGUGUCAAUUAAGAGAAGACUGACUGUAUUUUUGAAUAACAGGGGUGAGGUGCUACACCUUGGCACAAAAGAAACUGGGGGUGACGUGUUUGUGGGUGGGUGCGUGGCCGCUCCUUCACCAUACAUGUACACGUUGUCUGAGUGUCACAAAAUCUUUAUUUCUGGUGAUACAACUGGUAUCAAUGUGGACAAUUUUCAACCUUUUAAACUUUUACAUUUUUUAAGCACUGUGGUGUAAAUGUGCACCUGGUGCAUGAAUCAUGUAUCACCUCCAUGAAGAUUGUCAUAUAUUCCUCAAUGUAGCGGGGUAAUAACAGUAAUAAUAAUGAUGAUGAAAGUGGUUGUUAGAGGCCAAGGGCCCAGUUGUUCGAAGGCUGUUUAGUGCUAAUCCUGGGUUAAAUUUUAAUCCAGGUUUCUUUUUCGUUCGUUUAAGAGUAUUUUCUCGGAUAAUUUUCUCAAUUUUUUUAGAGCAUCCAAUCACCAAAGUUUAGAUAAAAAGAAUUAGACUGAAUCUGCUUUUUAAGCUUUCAUAUCUGAAUUCAAAUUUUGCACUAAACCUGGGUUAUCUCAACCCAGCCCGGCUGUUUACUAUUCUUGAGGCAGCAGACAAGCUCUUCUCUAGUUCAUCUAGGACUACAUCAGAUAAGUAAGGCCAAAACAUUUUUAAAAAAAUCAACAGAUCCAAAUGUUUUCCUUUUUUUUUCAUCAAAAUUAUUGUGUAUCAGGGGCUCCUGUUGUGUACCUGUGUUUCUCUUAUUCCAUACAAGGCACCUACGUUGAGAAAUUCUCGAAACCUUUUAGGAUUAUUAAAACUGCGUAAAGUUUUAGACUGUUCCUGCUUGUAAAAUUUCAAAAUUUAAUGUAUACUUUUCACGUCGUCUUUUGUGUGCGCACAGAACACGAAGGUUAUCCAAGGUGACUUGAAGGUUAACCGGGGGCGGACCCGGAGGCGAUGGUCAUAUCACUUGUUCGACAGUUUGUUUGUUUGUCACUGAGAGAGUUCUGACGUCACAUUCGAUUUAAUGGGCUGACAAUUUUCUGAAUUUUGUAACGAAUGAAGACCCUCACAUGGACCAGUGCCAUGAUGAAUCAUGGUUUAGCUGCAUUUAUGCAAAAAAAUCCAUUUCUUCAUACAAAAACCGUGAAAAAAGAUUUUGGGCCGGAUCUUCGAUCAGCAGACCUGCAGAAUAAACAAACGCGGUCCUAGCGAUGGAGGAUACUCAAGAUUUAAAUCUUACUUUUUCAGGUUGUGGAUUUUUGGGAAUCUACCACAUCGGAGUGAUGGCAUGUCUGAAAGAAAACGCAGUUGAUUUUUUGAAGCGCGUCAAAUGUUUCGGUGGAGCAAGUGCCGGCGCCUUUGCCGCGAUAGGCCUAGUCGUAGAUCUAGACAUUAGCGAAGUUACCGAAUCUGUGAUUAGACUCAGCAAAAGAGCAAAAUCUUUCUCACUGGGACCGCUGCAUCCAAGUUUCCAGAUCGUGAAAACAGUGCGAAGAGCUUUUGAAAAAAUGCUACCUGACAACGCUCAUGAAAUAGCGAGCGGAAAGGUGCACAUUUCACUCACACGAGUUCCUGAUUUGCAAAAUGUCAUCGUAUCUAAAUUCUUCUCAAAGGAGGAUCUCAUCGAGGUAAGUACGAAUGUAUUUUAAGCAAACGGAAAAAAUUAGUUCAAAUAUACAAAAUAAAUUUCGUAUCAGCCUGUUUUUUGACACCUGCUGUUCUAAAAAUGUUAAUUUUCGGAAAUCUACAGCGACAGUAAACAUGCAGUACAGCACCAAGGCAGCUCCGUAGCUAAAAAAAUUUUGUGUUCAUAACAUUUUACAAACUGCGCAAAGGCACGCCAAAAACAAACUGAAAUAAUAGUCUGAAAUUUUUGCUUUGGAAGUUUGUUAUCGCUUCUAGUAUAAAGUAAUUUUUAAUUCUAUUUAUUCAUUACCGGUACGUAGAAAAGAUUUACAUUCCUGAUAUUCCCGUUCAGCAUAAUUACAGUGAAACUUUGUUUAACCAUGUUAGCAUGAUUCAAAAUAAUUAUGGUGACCUUAUUAGUCUCAUAUUUAUAUUUUCAAUCGAACAGGCAUUAGUAGCAACCUCCUUCGUACCAUUAUAUUCUGGAAUUUUACCAGCAGUGUUCAGGGGAAAGGUAAACUCUCUUUUUUUCUCAAUCUAUCUAUACAAAGAAAGUAUAAAAAUAAAAAAUAAAAUGAUAUUACAUCAAAAGACAACCAAUGACAGCAUUGUAGACUGGGCUGGGGGUAUGUUCAGCUCUGAAUUAAAGAGUGUGCUUUUUUGGUUUUUUCAAGCUGUUUAGACUGGAAUAGCCAGGGGUGGGGGGUGGAGGGUACUCCCACUCUCACACAGGGGCUAUAUGGGUAUGUGGGGCUUCAACAACAGGGAUGCACAUGUAUCGCUGGAAGAGGGGUAUAUUUUGCUUCAGUUUGACUCUGUAACAGAGUUGAUUUUCCCCAAGUCCCUGAAUAUUCUUGAUCAAGCUUUAGUGCAAAGCUACACUCAUAUCGUUGACAGUCUAAGUGAGGGAUAUUCUUGGGUAAGCCAUAAUAUGUAAAUAUUUUUUGCUUAUUGACUGAAAAAGGAUUCCUAUUUUUACAACUAUUUUCUGAAGCUGGGUCACAAUAUUUUUUAUUUCAUCCCUUUUUGUCCAGAACCAGUCCAGAGUCUCAAAGACUCAGUGGCACACCAUUAAUGUAAUAAUUUUUAGGUAGUACUACGCCAAGGGGAACAGGACAGUCUACGGAAGUCAGAGAACAAAAUAAUUUUGUAUUAUUGUUUCUUAACAUAUAGUACUACGUGGAUGGUGCAAUUUCUGACAACCUUCCGCAGCACUUCAAGGAAGGAGAAACCAUCACAGUGUCACCAUUUAGUGGUGAAAGUGAUAUCUGUCCACGAGACACUUCAUCAAAUGAUGUUCACAUUGAAUUAAAGAACACCAGCAUGCAGUUCACUCUGCACAAUUUCUACCGGUUUUCUUGCGCACUGUUUCCACCCCAUGAAGAUGCGAUGAGUGAUAUUUGUCGGCAAGGAUACAGAGACACAUUGAGAUUUCUUAAGGAGCAUUGUAAGUCUGUUUAUAGUUUUGGAUCCCCCAGUGAGCAGAGCCUCCUUUUGGCCACAGGUUGCCCACACAAAUUGUGCCUCCUCUAAAAGACUAAUGCUUGAAUUUAGAGGAAUUGUAUGGGAGUAUCAAAUUUAUUAUGUUAUGAUGCAAUGAUUUCUUAAGUGGGCUCCUUCUGGGAGGAUAUAAGGGGAUUUCAAUAAUUCUGUAAUAUAGUCAUGUUCAAGUACACCAUAAGCACAGAGAGUUUAGGGUAACAAGAUUUAUCCCCUAGAAAAUGCAUGACAGAGGAGGAUGAAAAGGUCAGACACAAGCCCCCGUUUAAACUGAUUAAGGCUGGUUUUAAUCUGUACUGGAGUGGUAAGCAGAGUCCUAACAGCAUUUAUAACGUAGCAAAAAUAAAUAAUUGGAGUCAUAAGCAAAGUCUACACUUGACAGAAUCAAAGUCAGAAGAAACAGAACAUUUCCAUUUUCUUCCGACUACACUUAUGAUCUGUCACUUAUGAUCUGGUGAAAACCAGAUUUUCAAAGUUGGAAGCAGAAGCGGGAGAAAAACUCGGUGAAAGGAUGGCGAAAUUGAUGGGAUGUAGCCUCUGAACAAACUCUCUUGACUGCCCCCUCCCCCUGGCCUCCCUUAGUCAAGAGCGCUUACUCAGCAGUUGGGCAAAGAGUUGUAUUAUGGUAGUAAAGAAUAAACUGCUGUCACUUUCAGAUCCUGAUACAUUAACAAAGGUGACAUUAAGGUCUCCCUCCACAUCCUUAAGUCUCCCACCAACCAAACUCAGCUCAUCCUUUGGCCAUUGCACAUGCUGUGGGCAUGGCUCUAGUGGCACAAUGGGUUCACAAGAAGCACUGGUCUGUUCAUUCUGUGGAAAUGGACUUAGAGAACAAGUCUCUUCUCCCACAGAAGAAGUAGAAGAGGGAGAAUCAAAACUAUCCAGAGGUAUAUUUAACAUAAUUAUGAUCAAAGACAUUUGGAACUGCAUAAACUUUUAAAGCCAUGUCUAAUUGAUGCACUGCUAAAUAACAAAGAAUGUUAUGAGCUGACAUCACAAGCUCAGCCUUCCAUAUCUGUCAGGCUGCUGCUAUUGGAAGCUUAAAUUUAUGGCCAACCACAUAAUUAAUUUUUAUAAAAAUUAGUAAUGGGACUGACAUAUGGUAUUUAUAAAAGGCUCCUGCUAUGUGGACAUCCAAUUUUGAUUCAUUAAGUAACAGGCCUUUUUAGCUUGUAUGUUUUGUUUUACUAUUUCAGACCACGUGAUGGUACCCCAGAGAACUGUUUCUUUCAAAUAUCAUCUUAUCCACAUGGCUGCACUUGUAUGCUUAAUUUAUGAAAAGACAAAAGGCAAAUUUCCUGGACAACAUCACCUGGUCUGAAUAUUGGAAAAACAAAACAUACAAGCUAAAAAGGUCUUUUACAUGAUUAUGUUCAGGGUUAUAAGUUUUCGGUUCAGGUCUUGGCCAUUAAAAAUAAAUCUAUAACAAGUGCUAAAGCAAAAUAGGGUAGCUACUGAGAAAGACACAUAUUCUGAAAGUGAGUGCAGGACAUAAGGAAAAAAUUGUACUCCCAGAUGGACUGGAACCAACAGCAUGCAUGCACUCCUAAUUACUGGCAAUAUGUUAGAAAUAUUAAUAUUAAAUUAUUAUUAUUAUUACUAUUAUUAUUAUUGUAUUGUUUCACUGUCUUAAUCCCCUACAGUACUCUGUGAAGCAAGGAACAACGCAUUAAAAGAAAGGGAACUUUGGUCAUGCAUUGUGAUUCGUAGAUCAAUUCACCUUGUUAAGGUCCUUUCAAAACCUUGUGUCAUCACGGUUCAGCAAUUCUUAACCAUGUUAAAGAUGUAAGUAUAAUAGCUGACCACUUCAAAGUUCCCCCAGGCCUCUCUAUCAAAACGAGGUUAAGUGCUCAUCCUCUGAUAUGGAAAUGAUUUUUCAUUCUCAAGCAAAUAAAAUUCAUUUGCACAAGAAAGGUUGUGCACUUGGCCUCAUUUUUAAAGUGAGGGUUUUUGGAACUCAGAAGUGGCCUAUGGUUAUAUAGCUGGAAAUUUUUUCCCAACAGCUUGCACUCUCUUUGGUUACUUCAAGGUCACAUGACAUUUAACAAUGAAACUGUUUCCUGCUAAUAUCUCUGAGUGGGCAACAUUGCAAAAUCAACAACAUUAAGAGGGUUACAGUUCACAGUUCGGCUCUGCCUCGGGAAACACUGAGAUUUUCAAGAAACAAAAUUAAUUGUUUCCCUCAGGACCAGUCAUUAAGUGUUUAUUAUUUCCCUUCUGACAGUACAACAAUAAUUAUUGCUAGUUGUGUGUGACUCACAGAGGAGUGUGUAAAAUAUUGUACUCUGAGGCAUAAAGAGUUUGGAAAAAUUAUCCAGCUGUUGUGAAUUAUUUUAUCGCAUUUACUAAACAUGAUUUUUUUGUUUAAAUAGAUUUUUUGGAUCUUGUUUACUGUGGGUAAUGUCGACUGAGAUAUCGGUCGACAUAGCGGUCGAUAUAGCGGUCGACAGUCGGUCGAUAGUCGGUCGACAGUCGGUCGAUAGUCGGUCGAUAGUUCGUCGAUAGUCGGUCGAUAGUCGGUCGAUGGUCGGUUGAUAGUCGGUCGAUAGUUCGUCGAUAGUCGGUCGAUAGUCGGUCGAUGGUCGGUCGAUAGUCGGUCGAUAGUGAAAUAGACUAUCGGCCGAGUAUCGGUCGAUAUUUCGUCGACGCAUCUCGACUUACUAUCGGUCAUAUGUCGGUGAUAUAUCGGUCAACUGUCGGUGGUAUAUCAGUCAACUGUCGGUGGUAUAUCGGUCAACUGUCGGUGGUAUAUCGGUCAACUGUCGUUCGAAUAUUAGUCGUGUGUUAAUUUAUCAGGUGAGUCCAAUGGCUUUUUCUUUAAGCAAAGACGUCAUUAAUUACUGUUAUCAUGCGAUGGGGAACAUGUGGCAGUGCAAGGCGCGAUUACGCUAUGAAGAGAACCGAAGAGCACUGGGAACUAAGGACAUAAUAACCUUUUUUUUUCCAGUUUGUAUCAUCACCGAUCGUCUGAGUUUUAGCUGUUAAACAGAACCUGUCUCAGCCUAAGUUGAAUCUGCUGCUCCUGUGGUCCCGCAAAUAUGUAGGAAAAUGUAGGAAAUGCUAAGUGUCGACCGACCAUUGACCGAGUGUCGACCAAUUACUGACCGACACAUCGGUCAAGUAUCGACCAACUAUCGACCAAGGAUCGGCGAAGUGUCGGCGAAAAGUCGGCGAAGUGUCGGUGAACGAAAAGCUAUAUCGGCCGAGACACAUCUGGAACGACUAUCGGCCGUGUCUCGACCGAGUGUCGACCCACUAUCGACCGAGUGUCGACCGACUAUCGACCGAGUGUCGACCGAGUGUCGACCGACUGUCGACCGACUGUCGACCGACUAUCGACCAAGUGUCGACCGCUAUAUCGACCGCUAUAUCGACUGAUAUCUCGCUCGACAUUACCCACAGUAAACAAGAUCCGAUUUUUUAUACAGUAUAUUGAAAUAGUAAUUGUUUCAUUUUAUUGCUACACCUUUCUUCCAGAUUCUCCACACAAGGAAAUCAGAGUAACCUACCUCAAUCUACAAUUUUUUUUUUGUAAUACCAAUUAAAAAUUCUUAGAGAAUCCAUACAGAGAUUAUAAUACAAUUAAACUAUGGUAUUUUUUUGUUUCAAAAAUAAUUAAUACAGAAUAUGAUAAGAGUUUUGUAUCAGAUUUUCAGAUGCUUAUCGCUAGUGUAUAAAAGUAUCUACAUUGGUCACUUAAUAAAUUCAUGUUUAAUGAGUUUCUGGAUACAAAUUGAAUUAGUAAUGAAAUUUAUUGCUUGAAAGACCCCCAAAGAAAUCAAUGUUUCUGUUCCCUCGAAUAUUAAAGUUUCCUGAGGCAGGUAAUGUUCCCUGUGAUAGUGGCAAAAUAAAUAAAUAAAUUAAUUAGUAAAUGUCCCUUAGAUUUUUAGAGUUGCUAGCCAAAAUGGAAGGAAAGACAAGAAAUGCCCAUCUUGACAAAGUGCUGUCAGUACUCAACAUGAUGAUGCAUACAUACAGAGACAAGCAUGAAGUAGAACAUUGGUAUGUACAUUGUAUAACAAUCUAGUGCAGUCAAUGGCCAGAGAGUAAUAUUAUUGCACUUGGAUGCCCGGUUCUAUCAGUACAAGCCUUUGAUUUUCAUUAAAAUAUAAGUGUAAAAUUUUGUUCAAACAUACUGUAUUUUGAUUAGUCCCUCCUUCAAAGUAGUUAGAGUCAAAGGCUAAUUAGUUAUAAUUUUUUGUAUACCUUUAUUAGGAGAACAUCCAGAUUUGCCAUCACUGAGACUUCACUAAAAGGUAAAUGAAAUGAAAAUGGUCUUGAAACUAAAUGCACUUUUAUGCUGGUAUUCGUAUGUUGGGAAAAUCCUGGACAACCGGGAAUCUCACUGUUUCCCAAUUGUCCAUUUUGAUUGUUGAAGUUUUUUUUUUCAGUUUCUCUUGGGGCCAUUUUAACUCCCAGGAGAAACUGAAGACAGUGCUUAUGCAAAAAUUUGGGGUGACAAACAAAGAGUAUUAUAUUAUUUUGGUAUGUUAUGGCAUUAUCUGUAUUGGUUAAUUUGCCCGUCAAUCCCGGGACCUCCCUGACAGUAAUGCCAACCAUCUGGGAUGUGUUGGGAAAACAGAAACACUCCUCUCUCCUGAUUUGUCCCUGACCAUGUCAGGUGACAGGAGAUGUCUGUGAUGUUAAGUUUUCAUUGGUUGGAAAAAUGUGUGAUUGUCAAAAAACAGAAAAAAACUCAGGUCAUCUGGGAUUUUCCUGACACUUCAGAUCAGUUUGUCAAUCCUGAAUCAGCUCUUGGGUCAAAUCAACCUCAGUUUUUUGUGGCAAACUUCAAUCAUUUUUUUUUUUUUCAGGAGAAGGUUCAAAAUCAGUUAAGUCAACAUAUGACUGCAUUCAAGCGAUUCCAGCACCUCAAAGUACUGACAAGUAUGAAAAUGGUUGUAGUACUGAGAAUGAUGCACAAGACAUUGGAGUGAAUCAAGAUUGCACCAAUGAUGCCAGGGUUUUGUUAAACAAUGACCUUGUGCGUUUUCAAUUGCAAGAGUGUCUCCAAGAGUGUGUGGCAGGAAGCUUCAUGUGUUUGGAGAAUGACGAUGACUUAACAAGCGCUCACAUCACAGAGGACCUCUUUGAAAAGGGGGAUGGCCCCGCAGACCACACCCCAUGUUGUAAACCUGUACGUGUAGAUCUAGUUGACACUGACAUUGCAGAAGCCAACAGUAAUGAAGAGUAUGCAUUUAUUUUCUCUCAGUAAAAUAUCUGUUUAACAGAUGUGUUUAUAAUUCUUGAUAAUCUAGAGAGUGUAAAAAAGUAAGUGUAUAACAAUAUUAUUUAUACAACUUGUUUGUUCAAGUUUGAGGUCAAUACACUGAGAUAAUCCUGUGUAUUUCUGAGUUAUUGCUGACCAAAGCAAUUGAUUCGACUUCCACCAUACUAAAUUUCAAUAACAAUAACAUCAUUUUAUAUUACUGAAAUAUAUUUUCAUGUCUUAGGCCUAUUCUGAUAUUGUUUCCCAUUUAUUUAAAAAGUACAUUUUGGCAAUUUCAUAAACCAAAGAACAAGUCUUAAGAAUGGCUACUAUUUUAAUGCCCUUAAAAUAAUUUUAAAAUCUCAAGUUAAAGACAGUAUUUCAGCUAUUCAGAUGGAGAAUUUAAUGGAAAACAUUUAACUUUAUAAACCGAUGUUUUCACAGUGCAUUUUGUGUUGUUAGUUUUCAGGGCUUCAAAUGACAUAUUGAAUGCUAUGGGAGAUGUAACAUUAACUAGGAGAGAUGCAACAAUAUCUCUGUUUCAUGCUGACACAUUGUCAGUUCAGAAUGCUUAUUUAUGUAAAACUGAAAAAAAGAAGAAAUUAUUUAUGGUAACUACAAAUAAAAUACAAGAUACCAGAAAGCCAAAGAAAGUGAAAACUAUAAUUUCAUUUUACCUUUUUUCCGCUUUGUGUCUGAUGCUAAGAGGUGUUUGAAAAAGAUCUUAACAACUUCAAUGUACAUAUAAAAUGACAUACUUUUAAUACGAUGGGCAAAAUAUAAAAUUUCAACAAUGGUUUAAUACCAUGAAUACAUAUUUUAAAAAUUGCAUUUGCAACAAUAAAAAAAAAAUUAUCACAUUGAAUCAUCUAUUAUUUGUGGUGCUUGUCCAGUUUUAUUAGUCAAUUCCAGCUGCCCUCCAUACCCCUGCGAAACAGCAGGGAAUUUGUGCACCUUGUCAGUCAGUGAGUAUGGCAUUGUUGUCAAACCCAGGGCCAUCCUCAAGCUUAUUAAACUGCAUAGACGUGUGCUUUCCAAGCCAAAAUCCAAACAGGAUUUUGGAGGAUAUUGUGGGAAACAAAAGCAGAUUUAGUAAUGCUUGUAAAUAAUGAUUGUUCCUGAAAAGCCUCUUUAGGGACGAAACAGUGAAAGUAUGUAUGUAUGAAUUAUUCUGGAAAAAAAUGGGCUCGUCUGUCAAGGACGGGAAAAACUUGUAGAGGUUAUUAAAGACAUGUUUUCUUGAUCUUAUGCAUACAUUUCUUUAUUGCCUAUCAAUUACCAGAAUUAACAUAACAAAAUUAUCAGAAGCUACAUAUCAACGUGAAUCAACAUUUUUCUUUGGUUAUUUAAUCAAAUUUCUGUUUAUCAAGGAUUUGAAUGGAAUUUUGUGGUGAUGAUUCUGUAAUACCACUAUGAUUUAUUAUCAUAUAUUUAAGAUUCUUGAGGUGGUGCUAAACAUUGCACAUGAAGUUUUAGUUAUAAUAAUUAUAAUAUGGAUAGUGUUAUUACAGUCAUUACAAACAAUAAAUCCAAAGACAGAAAGGAAGACAUUCUAAAUAAAUCACACAUUAAAACCCUUAAAGUAGCACUUCUCUACACUGUGAGAGGAAUGCAAACUGCUGCAGUGUCGAUUGGGAACGAGGCAUUCGCUUUCUUUUUCAUCCCAAACACGAGGCAUGCAUUUGGCAGCUGAAGUAUCCACGCCCCAUAGAAUUUUCAAUCCAAGACAAAAAGUGCUAAUGUACGGGGGGCCAGGGGCGGGGGUGCAUGGGCACCACUGGAAUAAACUGAUGCAUAAGUGAGGGGUAAAGGGGGAGAGUAUUAAUGUGAACCCCAGGGGGGCACUUCGGAUUUCAAGUGACGGAGAUCUUCGAAGAAUUUUUUUUGGUUUGAAAUUUUUGAUUCCAGGAAUUUUUCGCAUAGGAAAAUUUGGCAGGUAUUUUUUUAGGUGGCUUGAUUUAAGUAGGAAUUUUUUGGGGUCUUUAGAAUCUGAAGAUUUGUGAUAGUGCCUGCGUAUCCCAGCCACAGAGUUCUACAAAUGAAGUACAACCAAAUAAAGAACAACGUUGUACAUUAUUAUGAUACUUUCUGGAAAUUUUAUUUAUUUAUGGAUUUUUUGGGGGUUAAUUUUUGAUCGGGUUUUGAUUUUUGCCCCCAUUCUAUCAUUCCCGUCACUUGGAAUCUGGAGUACCAACCCCCCCCCCCCCUAACCCCCACCUGCCCCGCUUGGAUGUGAACCAGUUUUCAAACAAAGGGGUCAUUAUUCUUAAGCCUCAAUGUCAGUGACAGAGUGAACUGCGUUAGUAAGGACACUGCUUCAUUAAGGCAGUACUGAGGGCACCAUGGAUAGUGUCCAUUACGGAGCGGGUUUUGCUUUUUUGGCCAAAAAUAUCAUGGAACAAAAUUCGGGAAC